AUGGCAGAAAAAGAUUGGGUUGGUUGGAUAGCGGAAGCAACGCGAGGGUCACACCUACCAAAAAAGGCUAACAAUUCCAAUGAAGAAGGAAAUGAGACUAUGGUGGAUGGUGGAUUUUCGAAGCUUGCUUCGGUUUUGGUAUCAGACCAUGUGUCAGAAAUUAUCUUGGGUUUAGAUUGGCUAGUAAAUAAUAAAGUCUCAUGGAAGUUUGACGAAGCUCAAAUUACCGUUGGUAACAAAAAUAGAAUAGUGAAGCUGGUCACUAAAAGAUUGUUGAUUAAACAGGAAACACGAUUGGCCGAUCUUUUAUGGGCCAUGUUGGAAAACAAGUUGGAUCAACAACCGCUGCAGGAGAAUCUAGUUAACGUCAAAACCAUAAUUGACAAAUUGACCAGGGAUGCCCCCGAAGAAGGAAGGCAUGAAUUAUCUGAAUUAAUAAAUAAUUGUCAGGAUAUAUUUAGUAAUACAGACACAGAAAUUGGAGUUGCAAAAGGGGUUUAUCAUAGGAUCAACACAGAGCAGGCCCUGCCCAUAAAGCAACAACUCAGACGUCAUUCCCCGGCACACCAAAAAGUUAUCGCAAAACAGAAGUUCACAUAUUUAAAUGGUUUUCUGUCACAAUAUAUUACGUUCCGUAUGACAAACUAA